AUGGCAAAUUUUAUUGUUCCGUCUACGAACCGGCCUGAGACAGAUACUCAGCAUCGGUUACAAGGACCAAUUCACGCCCAGCGACAUGUCCGCGUCAUUUGCAUUGGAGCCGGAGCAUCUGGCCUCUUGAUGGCAUACAAACUGCAGCGCCACUUCACAAACUUCUCUCUCACCGUCUAUGAGAAGAACCCAGAGGUGUCCGGAACGUGGUGGGAAAAUCGAUAUCCAGGGUGCGCAUGCGACGUCCCCUCGCACAACUACACAUGGUCAUUUGAGCCCAAGCUCGAUUGGUCUGCUGUCUAUGCCAGUUCCAAAGAAAUCUUCCAGUACUUCAACGACUUUGCGCAGAAAUAUGGUCUACACAAGUUUUGCAAGAUCGAACAUCAAGUCAUUAGCGCAUACUGGAAUAAUGAGAAUGGCGGUUACGACGUGCAUAUCAAGGACUUGAAGAGGAACGAAACCAUCCUCGACCAUUGCGACAUUCUCGUCAACGCCGGAGGAAUUUUGAACAAUUGGCAAUGGCCUGCUAUCCCAGGACUCAGCAAGUACAAGGGCGUGCUUUUGCACACGGCUAAUUGGGAUGAAAAAAUUGAUCUUCACGGGCGCCACGUUGGAUUGAUUGGCAAUGGCUCUUCCGGUAUCCAAGUCCUUCCCACGAUCCAGCCCCACGUUAGAAAAGUCACCACCUUCAUUCGCGAGCCAACCUGGGUGUCGCCUGUCCAGGGCCUUGAACAGCACGUCUUCUCCGAUAAGGAGCGCCUCGACUUCGCGACGAAACCCAAUGUCUUGACUGAGUACAGGCAGAAUGUUGAAAGGGGUUUGAACGGCCAGUUUGGGAUAUUUUUAAAGGGAACAAACACAAACAACGACACUGAAGUGUACUUUAGGCAGCAGAUGACAGAGAAGUUGAAGAACCCAUAUCUGGAAGAGCGGCUGAUUCCCAAUUGGCACGUCGGCUGCCGUCGCUUGACGCCUGGCGUUGGCUACUUGGAGUCUCUCGGGAAGGAGAACGUUGAGGUCGUCUACGGCGAGAUAAAUCAAAUUACCGAGAAGGGAUGCCUUUGCGACAAUGGCAAUGAAUACCCAGUCGACGUGCUCAUCUGCGCAACCGGCUUCAACACCUCCUUCAAGCCCCGAUUCCCUAUCGUUGGUCCCAGUGGUAAAAACCUGCAAGACAUCUGGAAGGACGAAGCGCAAUCGUACUUCGGCAUCGCGGCCGCCGAAUUUCCUAACUACCUCAUCUUCCUCGGACCUAACUGCCCCAUUGGAAACGGCCCCGUACUCUCUGCCAUCGAAUGUCAAGCCGACUACAUGCUCAAGCUGAUCGAUCGAUUCCAGACAAACAACAUCUCGCAGUUCGCUCCAAAGGCCGAAGCGGUCGCAGACUUCAUCGCGCACAAAGACCGAUUCAUGCAAAAGACUGUCUGGCACGACCCCUGCCGAUCCUGGUACAAGGGUCGACCCGACGGCCCCGUCACGGCUCUCUGGCCUGGCAGCACCCUGCACUACAUCGAAGCGAUGAUGGAGUUGCGCCUCGACGACUGGGACAUCAAGUACAACGGUAAUCGAUUUGCCUGGCUCGGAAAUGGAUAUAGUCAGACUGAGCUUGACCCCACAGCCGACUGGGCAUACUAUAUUCGUGAAAAGGAUGACGACGAGCCCAUUUCAAGGGGACGCAAGUUGCGGCUUAUCAAUCGUAGUGGGACUGUGCAGGCGAAUGUUGGAGUCAGCUUUACCGGGAAGAAGGUAGAGGAGGCUGCCGCUGCUGAGUCGAAGCUUUAG